UGUAGGGCGUCCCAUGGUACGCGCUCCCAACACUGAUGCAACCAUUCCAGUGAGGAAAUAUUUCGAGCUCCAAGAACGGGGUUGUAGGCCGAGCUUAGCAGCCAUUAUCUUUGCUCUCAAGGCGUGCAAGCUCUCCAGGGAUUUGGUAACAGGGAAGAAGAUCCACGGCGAUGUGAUGCACAGCGGAGAUGUCUCCAACCUCGUUGUCGCCAACAGCCUCCUCGACAUGUACGUGAAAUGUGGCUGUAUAUCAGAAGCUCGCGAGCUCUUUGACAGGAUGGAAAAGAAGGACGUAAUUUCUUGGACUAGCAUCAUUCUCGGCCUCGCCAAGCAUGGCUAUGGCGAUCAAGCUUUGGAUUUUUACUCGAGGAUGGAGGAACACGGUUGCCCACCUGACCGUGUCACGGUUCUUGCUGCGCUCAAGGCUUGCUCUGCCAUAGCCGAGAACAAAGUUAGUGGAGAUCGAGCAGAGAAGGUCGAGAGUUUGAGAAAAGGAAAGGAAGUUCAUGCUCGGGCUGCUCGAAUCGGUGUGGAGUUGGACACUUUUGCUGCGAGCAGCCUGGUGGAUAUGUACGCAAAGUGUGGACGGAUGGUGGAUGCUGCAAGAAUUUUCGAGAGCCUCCAGGAACUUAGUGUUGUCUUGUGGACGGGGGUGAUACUCGGCUACGCUCAAAGUGGUGACGGCGAUUCGGCACUGGAGUUUUUCUCGCGGAUGAAGGCCGAGGGACACGAACCGGAUCGUGUCACGCUUCUUGCUGCUCUCAAGUCUUGCGCGAGCGCUGCCGAGAAGGAAUCUCUUGCUGGGAGCUACAAGUUCCUGGAGAAAGGGAGGGCUAUCUUCUGCGAGUUUCAGAAAGCCAGGAGCUUGGAUCUGUCCAAGGACAUCGUUCUGGCGACAACUUUGGUGGAUAUGUUGUCGAAAUGCGGCAGCAUGGUUGAUGCUCGUCGAGUUUUCGAAAAUGUCCAGCACCGGGACGUCGUUUUGUGGAACUCUAUCAUCUUGGGAUACGCACAGAGUGGACAAGCCGAGGUGGCCUUGACGCUUUAUUCGCGAAUGCGCGACGAAGGCUGCUUACCGGACUGCCUGACACUUCUUGGUGCUCUCAAGGCAUGCGUUUCCAUGGCUUCCAACGAACAAGGCAAGCGAGAGGCACUGCAAAGAGGCAAAGUUAUUCACUCGCACGCUGUGAGGUACCGAGACGAGAUGGAGAUGGUUUUCGAGACGAGCCUAGUGGACUUUUAUGGAAGAUGUGGAAGAUUAGCGGAUUCGGUACUGGUCUUUCAAAGCUCUCGCCAGCAUAGAAGGAUGGCUUGGACUGCUAUCAUCUCAUCUCAUGCACAGAAUGGAGACGAAGAAUCAGCUCUCGAGCUCUAUCAAUUCAUGCAAGACGAAGGUGGCGAACCGAGCACGGCUGUUUUGGUUGCUAUUCUUAAAUCUCUGUCCAGUCUCGCGAGCAAAGAAGAUGGCAAGCUCGUCGAAGGGAGGUACGCGAAGAUCAACACAGUGAAGAGAGGCAGGGAAAUCCAUGCUACAGCGGCUAAACAAGCGAAGGCUCUGGAAUUACCUGUCGCCACAAGCCUGGUCGACCUCUAUGCUAAAUGUGGAUUUACUGCGGAAGCUCGAAAGAUUUUCGAAAGCUUGAGAAGUGAUCUGCGAGACGACGUUGCUCUGUGGAACUGCAUGGUGCUGGGAUACACUGAAAGUGGUGAAGCCCAGAAGGCACUCGAGCUUUAUUCGCAAAUGAUCCAAGGCCGAGGCCCUUCACCGGAUCGUGUCACUCUCCUCGCAGCGCUCAAAGCCUGUGCUUGCUUUGCCGAGAAGGAGCAUUCUCACAGCUUACAGUAUCUCAAAGACAUCCACGCUCGAGCAGUGAGGUUUUUCGACGUGGAACUUGACACCAUGCUGGCAAAUACGCUGCUGGAUUCUUACGCGAAGAGCCAGAGCACGGUGGAUGCUCUUCACGUCUUCGAAAGGAUUCGGCAACCCGAUGUGGUCUCCUGGAACUGCAUCGUUUUGGGAUUCCUGGGAAACGGUGAAAGUGAGGCCGCGCUCGAGACUGUGGAACGCAUGAGAGAAGAACGAGGCAGCCGCGAGCUCAACUCGGUGACUUAUGUCGCAGCUCUCAAGGCGUGCGCUGCUCUGGGAGCGCUGGAAAGAGGUAGACGAUUCCAUGCCGAGAUUUGCAGUGCUGGAUUGGAGACGGACACAAUGGUGGCAAACUCGCUGGUGGAUUUUUACGGGAAGUGUGGAAGCAUGGCAGAAGCCGAGGAAGUUUUCCGGAAGAUCUCCACGAAGACCAUGGUGACAUGGAGUGCUCUCAUCUCGGGAUAUAGCUGCCAGGGAGACACUGAUCGGGUUUUCGAGCUUUUCGAGAAGAUGAAGCUCCAGGAGAAGGAUCUACAGCCGGACGGAGUGACUUAUCUCUCGGUUCUCACGGCUUGCAGCCACAAAGGUCUCGUGGAGAGAGGAAAGGAAGUCUUCGAAGAGAUGUGGAGGAAGCGCGGACUUCCGCGGGGGGCCGAGCACUACGCUUGCAUGGUGGAUCUCCUGGGACGAGCAAACCGGCUGGACGAAGCAGCCGAGCUCUUGAAAGAAAUGCCGGUGGAUGCGAGCGCCGAGAGCUGGAUGGCACUGUUAAGUGCUUGCUACAAGUGGAGGAACUUGGAAGUGGGGAAGCUUGCCUUUGAGUCAGUGCUGGAGCUGGAUCGAGGGAAUGCCUCCGCCUACGUGAUGAUGUCCAACAUCUAUUCUUCCUCCGAGUUAAACUCGGUUUGAAGAUCACGAGACGAGCUCCGGUACGUCUUUCUUCUUCUUCACUUCGUGUUCUAGACAACAUUAUGAUAUCUUCUUUGUACAGAUGAUCCAGGAGAACUUCAUCCCGCAGAUUUUGCCAGCGCUGGAUUCCAUCUUCGAGCCAUCCCUGAAGCAUAAGAAGGUGCCUCACAUAUAAAUCUCUGAUACAACUAUAACCAUGAGUUUUGUACAGGUCGUUUUUGCGAUUCGUCACUUCCAAGCUUAUAGUUCUAACUAACAACAAGAAAGAAGCUGACAAGAAAAUAAAACUUUGAAAGUUUCCAGGAGCUAGAUCACUGGAGCUGUACGGGAUGAUCUUCCACUCCAUUCGUACGAGAGAUCGCUCGGAAUUUCAGACAGUGACUGCCAGAAUAUGCCACAACGGCUCAUUUCCCAGCUGGUUAAA